GUUAGUAUAAAUAUGAGGCGGCUCUAGCCAUCUCUACAACGCGAAAUUAAAAAAGAACCCUUUUGAUUGGGUGUGAGUCCCAAUACUGUUUUUUUAAGUUUACAAUACCAACGUGAAACAAGGAUAUCAAGGAUAAGGUUCUCUCUGCUGUUGCAUCUGCAUGUGUCUGCUUUAAGCUCUUCAGCAAUAUCUUUUCUAUGUGUAAUUCUUGAACCAGACCCACACUACUGUGUUUGGUGUAAGCAACGUCGGCUUGGAUACAAAAAUGGCUUGUGGUUUGCAGUGCUUGUUGCUUUACAUGUCAAUCGUGUUCUUGUUAUUUAUGGUUCAAAGUUCACAAGCACAGCUAAGAAGUGAAAAUGGGGUAAAAACUGAUGUGUUUCUAUCACCUGAAUUUGUGUUGGAACCUGGAUCGGUUUCCAACAAAUUUUACUACAAUAUUGAUUUUCCUAGAGGUCAUAUUGCUAUCAAGAGUUUUAAUGGUGAAGUAAUUGACGAGAAAGGGAAUCCAAUCCCCCUUCAUGAGACUUAUCUGCACCAUUGGGCUGUCGGAAGAUACUAUCAACAAAAAGGUAUAGAUAUUCCAAAGCACCAUGGCGAUCUGCGAUUCCUCCAUUCCGAUCACACUAUCAUAAUGAACAGUGGGGUUUGUGAUGGUGUCUUUCCACAGUACUUUGGGUUGGGAUCGGAGACUCGAAAAACAGCCACUGAUGUGCCAGAUCCUUAUGGAAUUGAAGUCGGUAAUCCUGCAGAUAUCCCUGAUGGAUACGAGGAGCGAUGGAUGCUUAAUGUGCAUGCAAUUGAUACUAGGGGUGCUGAAGACAAGUUGGGUUGCAUUGAGUGCAGGUGUGAUUUAUACAAUGUUACUGCGGAUGAAUAUGGCUGUGCCUUGCUUCCAAACUAUAUUGGUGGCUUGAAAUGUUGUUACGAUAGUGCAAGAUGCAGAGUGAAGGAAGGGUUUGAGGGUGUGAAGAGAAGUCUCUUCUUGAGGUACACGGUGAAGUAUGUCGAUUGGGAUGCCUCAGUUGUGCCUGUUAAAAUCUAUAUACUUGACGUCACUGAUAUAUGGACGAAGGCGGACGAGUCCAGAGGGCUCAAAGCUAGACAUCAUUGUCUGGUUGAGUAUGAUGUUGAAUCUUGUCCAGUUGGUAUGGCCGACGACCACUGCAUUCAUACCAAAACCUCAACUUUUACUUGGCCAAAAACGGGUGGUGAUGUUAUAUAUGGGGUUGCACACCAGCAUACGGGAGGCAUUGGUUCGACUCUUUACGGAGAGGGAGGGCGAGUAAUAUGCUCGUCGAAUCCAACUUAUGGGACGGGGGACGAACCUGGAAACGAGGCCGGUUACGUUGUGGGAAUGUCUACCUGUUACCCUUCACCUGGCUCCAUCAAGAUUGCUGCUGGGGAGACAUUGACUCUCGUAUCUAACUACAACAGUGCGCGGAGACAUACGGGAGUUAUGGGACUCUUUUACCUCCUGAUUUCCGAUUCAUCAACAAAACUAGAUGCAACUGAAGCACAUAAGAGCCGAUUGAUGUCCAAUUUUGGUUGGCUUGUUGCUCUAUUUGGAGUCGGGCUCGUUGUACUGGUCAUUUUUAUGUUCUACGGUAAGAGCGAAAGAGGAGAUGGCUAUGAAGCUAUAAAGGGAUGAACUCAUGCUUUGGCAUUUGGCUGAUCUCAGAGUAUGUCUACAGUUAUUUUAAGAUAAGCUCGUGUAUUCAGUUUAGUGUCUCCAUGUUUUUUCGUUUCUAUUAUUUGAUGUUGGAAGUCUAUGAGUUGUACCAUAUACAUAAUCAUGUCUAAUAUAAUGUGAGAGAUGGUGUAAGUACUCAACAAAUCCAUAUUAAUGAAUAAUUGAAGUAAUAUGCAA